CCCCUUUGUCUCCUAGCUCACACCGGUCCUCUCCUCAUCGCCUUUUCGCUCUUCCUUUCCUUCAGACUCAGAGGCGGUGAUGGAUAGCCGCUCACGCGCUCAAGAGCUGCAAGUGGCCGGCACGCGGCAACAAAGGAACAAUUAGAUAAAAACACUGAGGCUGAAUGGGAUGGAAAGCUUCUUUAACCAGAAUGGCACGUGUGUUUGUAUAUGGGACUCUUAAAAAAGGCCAACCCAACCACAGCUUCAUGACCAGUUGUACCAAUGGGAUCGCAGAAUUCCAAGGUCGGGGUCGCACAGCAGAUCUAUAUCCUUUGGUGAUUGGAAGUAAACAUAACAUUCCCUAUUUGCUGAAUGUCCCAGGAAAAGGACACUACGUUACUGGAGAGAUCUAUUCUGUUGAUGACCAGAUGCUGCAAUUCCUUGAUGAAUUUGAAGGCUGCCCAGACAUGUAUCAACGCACUCCAGUGAGGAUUGAAAUAUUAGAGUGGGAAGGUAAAAGCAGUGCACCUGAGGAGAGGCCAGCUGUUAACAGCAUUAUGGAAUGCUUUGUGUACAGCACAACUACCUACCCGCCAGAGUGGAUAAAUCUCCCUUACUAUGACAAUUAUGAUUCCUUUGGGAAACACGGACUUCGUUAUAAUCCACGAGAAAAUAGAUGAAAAAUGGUAAAGAACACUCAUGAGUAAGAAGAUGAAUAAAACACAUGUUGAUUAUAAGGUGACCUCAUCUUAAUUUGCCAUUAUGAUCAGAUUUUUUUUGAAAAGCAUAGCAGUACAUUUAAAGAAGAUCAAAACUGAUUCGUAAAGUCAACAUUAUAGAAAUCUACACUGGGUAUAAGGCUUUAUUGCAGCUUAUCUUAGAGAUGAUUUUAACAUAUUGGCAACAUUAUUCUGAUCACUCAGGGUUUGUUUUAUUUGUACUCUUGCUGUCUGCUCCAACAGCAUUACCGUUAAGGUGUUCAAAAAGAAAGGUUAUGUCGUAAAAUUUAGAUUCACCCAAUGGCAUAGAUACUGACAUUUUAUCUGCUCAAUUCAUUCUGUGCUAUGAUAUAAUUUUGUUGCCUUGUUUUUAAUAUUAAGAUAACUUUGGGAAUGGAUCUUUUGAAAUGUGCUAUUUUGACCCACUGGACCAUAUCAAUACUGCUGAAUUGAUUCUGGUCUAUUGUACCUAGAUGUUUUUAUAAAAGCUGCUUUGGGGAUGCCUGAUCCACUGUAACAAAUCCUCCAGAGGAAUAGGCUGUACUGUGUCAGUAAGUAAUUUGGUAUAUUAGCAGGUUCAUUCUUGAUCCAUUUGCAGAAGCAGCAAAAGAAACAUGCCUAUAAUAAAAAAUGACCAUUCAAAACUAAACCAUUUAGGGAGCUUAAACAUAGCAUUAGUAAUGUUUGUGUCCUGGAUCUUUUUAAAAAAGAUUUAUCUUGCAUAGGCUUUGUUACCCCUCCUUUGUAGUCUAGCAAAAUAGCAAAACACCCACUUGCUUGUAGAUAAAACCAAGCAUCCUGGAUUUAGUAUCAAACUGAGGUUUAGGCCAAUGCCCAGAUCCACAGAACCAAGAAAAUAUCACUUACUCUUAAAGAGGAACAGUGCCUGGGGGUGGGGAUAUCACAGAAAAACCAACACAUUGGCAAUUUUUUCUUCAGACCUGACAGAAGACUUAAGCUUCUAAGUACAAACAACACUUAAAAUAAUUUUAGUAAGGCACGAAGUACCAAUUACUAUCCACCUCCAUUUGAUAUUUCAAGUCAGUGUAGAUUCAAAUUAAUAUACACUUCUUUGCCUCUGCUUCCAAGCAAAGCACUAGAUGUGUACUAAGAAUUUAAAGAACCAAAGAAGAACGCAGCCACAACUGUGUUGGGCAUUGAUCCUUCUUAACCUCACUAGCUGCAAGUUUUACUUACUCUUAAACUUAAUGGUAGAGGGUGCAUACUAGCUGCCUCCCUGGACCAAUGAAAUGAUCUUUAUUUUUAGCUGUCAACUGAAAAUGUGCUUCACAAAAAUACAACAGCAAACAUAGCUAUCAGCUGAUGAGCUAGCAAGAUCACAACAAAGUACUAUGUAACAGGGCAUAGUAUAAGAACUAUUAAGCAGCUACUGCUCUUUUUACUAGCCUGAAAGAAGGGGUUCUAUUUGCAGACCAUUCCUGAGGAGCCCAGUACUGUAGAUAUGGCAGAGCAACAUGUGAGAGGUUAAGAUCUCCCUGAGGUGAAGCUCUAGUCUUAGAUCUAGGUCUACACCACUAAACACUAUGACAUAAAGACAAUACUGCAUAUAGGGAACAGUCUUCAGAAAGUUAAGACUGAUAAAAAAAACUAGGCUGUUGGGUCCUGUAAUUAUGGAAAAGAGUCAAGAGCUUAGCUAAUCAGGGUCUAAGAUGACUAAUGCUAAUUUGAAAUGAUCAAAGACUGGCUGAAAUUUACACACAUUCUUCGAAGGGAUCACAGAAAAGAGUCUGGUAUUUAAAGUCUACUGGCACAGAUUAUCAUCUUGUGUACAUUGUCUUCAUUCAAAAAAAGGGCAAACUAAUAUUUAGACAAAUGUUCCGUUUUAUUGAUUUAAUUUUGACACUAGGAAAUCUCACAGCAGAAGUACAAAUCAUAUGUACAAGUAUUUAUAUCAAUACAAAUUUCCAUUGGUGAUUUUUUGGCAGAAUGUUAGUUUUGACUAUAUAUGGAAUAAAUAUGACCAUGUAAAAUCUGCUGCACAGGAGUGUUCCCGUAAAAUGCCGGAAUAAAUUUGGUAUGAAAGAAGAAUAAUAAAAAUAGCUAAUUAAAAUGGGUGAUGAUUAAGGAUAUUUCAUUCCAGUUCUACAAGAAGAUCUCCUUCUCCAACUGUGUCUCCAGCUUUGCAAUGCACUGAUUUCACCUUAAAUUAAAAAAAAAGUAAUCAUUAAACAGUAUUUAUGAGGAUGAAGGGAGAAGCAAUAUCCAGAAGUGCAUUUGGAAAAGACAAGGAGGUCUCUGCAGGAUCUGAGGCACAGGUACAAUCUGCUUGGCUCCCUGAAGUCCUCAGAUAUAAUGCUAAAUGAGGCUGGGAUUACCUUGAGGAGCGUAUGUGCAUGACUCAUUCUCUCCUCUGCCCCAAGUCCCUUUAGAGUGUCCUUUUGUCCUUAUUCGCCUGAAAAGGCCUCUCCAUUCAAGGGGCAAUCCUUUCGGGGAAAUACUUUUACAACAUAUAACACCUUAGCUAGAAAUGUAGCUGUUAAGAUGGCCAGUAAUUCUACCCCACCCCUCAAACUCUAUACAGAAGUACUACUUUUUGAUAGUUGGAUUCCAAAUGAGAACUGUGAACUAGGUGCUUUUCGAAAACAUGAAUCCCCUUAAUUCUUAACUUCACUCUCCCCAAAACCCAUAGUAAAAUUUUCUGAAUGCUGUAACGUAUUUCAUAUACUCACUGAAUCCCAGUGUAAUUCAAAAUGAGAAAACAAACUAAUUUGGAUUAAUUAAAAGUAGAAAGCAAAGAACCUGUAGCCCUGAGACUUAAUGUUGUAAUUAGGCACUUGCCUUUGAAUAGAAAUUAAACAAUCAGAAGUAUUAUACAUUGUCCAUUAUGGGCUUCUGAUGUACUGGAUUCUUUUAUGGACUUAUUUCUCAUGGUGAUUGUUACUGUAGUAGGUUGGGUUUUUUUUAUUCCACUGAUUUUCUCUUCUCAUAAAAAAGUGCUGCCUUCCAAAAUGCCACGUUUCUGGAAGUUCUGAUACUUUUAGGGAAGGGUUCAUUUGACUUGGCACAAGCUCUAGCAAUGAUAAGCAAGGGAGAAAUGGGUCAAAAAUAGGCCAUUUGGGCAACUGGUAAAAAUACAAAAUGCUCAAGGGGCCUAGUGUCCUGUGCUCUCCUAGGUCCACUUGAACUCAAAUGGGAACAGGCCAAGAAGAACUGUUAGUCCUAACCUGAGGUUUUCCAAAUGGAAUGGGGCUACGUGAUAUAUUGAUGUGUGAUAUCAAACUAUGCCACUUGGGCAGAAGUGACUCCUUUUUCAGGACGCUGAUGCCUCCAAUGUUUGUAUGUGAUAUCUUUUUAACGAUGCUGAAAUUACUAUGGUAGAGGAGGCACUUCUAUUGUGAGUUUUUUUAAUGAGGAUACUUGGAAUUGUCUGGGGAAAAAAAAUCCUGUGAUACAAGAAGUAAUAAAAAUCCAUCUAGGCAACCUUCA